CUUCCCCCAAAAGUAUAACCCACGUUACCCAAAGAAAACAUGAAACGGAAGGAACUGGAAUGUUUAUUGCAACAAGUUGAUGGCUUUGAGAAGCCCAAAUUACUUCUGGAACAGUAUCCGACCAGGCCCCACAUUGCAGCAUGUAUGCUAUAUACAAUUCAUAACACAUAUGAUGACAUUGAAAACAAAGUGGUUGGAGAUCUAGGAUGUGGCUGUGGAAUGCUUAGUAUUGGAACAGCAAUGUUAGGAGCAGGGUUGUGUGUUGGAUUUGAUAUAGAUGAAGAUGCCUUAGAAAUAUUUAGUAGAAAUGUUGCAGAGUUUGAACUGACAAAUAUUGACAUGAUUCAGUGCAAUGUGUGUUCUUUAUCUGAUACAAUGUCCAAGUCCUUUGACACUAUAAUCAUGAAUCCUCCCUUUGGAACCAAGCAUAAUAAAGGUAUGGAUAUGUCAUUUCUGAAGGUUGCUCUACAGAUGGCAAGAGUAGCAGUAUAUUCCUUACAUAAAUCUUCAACCCGAGAACAUAUUCAAAAGAAAGCAGAUGAAUGGAACAUUAAGAUGGAUGUUAUAGCAGAGCUACGAUAUGACCUACCAGCAUCAUACAAAUUUCAUAAGAAAAAAACAGUGGACAUUGAAGUGGAUUUAAUUCGGUUUUCUUUUUAAAGACCCCCAAAUGUGAA